CAGCUGAAGGGUCUAAAACACAAGACAAGAAAGUCACUUCAGGACAAAGCAACACCGGAACGAAACCAGAUCAUCCAGCAAUACUAAAGGUUGAUGACAGGCAACGGCUUGCGAGAGAACGGAGAGAAGAACGAGAAAAACAGCUAGCUGCAAGAGAAACAGUCUGGUUAGAAAGAGAAGAGAGAGCCCGGCAACAUUAUGAAAAACACCUCGAGGAGCGGAGGAAGAAGCUGGAAGAGCAGAGAUUAAAGGAAGAGAGGAGGAGAGCUGCCGUAGAGGAAAAGCGAAGGCAGAGACUAGAAGAAGAUAAGGAACGACAUGAAGCUGUUGUACGUCGCACAAUUGAAAGAAGCCAGAAGCCAAAACAAAAGCAAAACAGGUGGUCCUGGGGAGGAGCGCUACAAAACCGCAUUAAUAACACAGAUCCAGACAGGCGAUCUGUUUCAACAAUGAACCUUUCGAAACAUGUUGAUCCAGUCAUUAACAAGCGGCUCUCCUCCUCAUCUGCAACAUUACUAAAUUCUCCAGACAGAGCUCGCCGCCUGCAGCUCAGCCCCUGGGAGAGCAGCAUCGUUAGCAGGCUCCUGACGCCCACGCACUCCUUCCUGGCCCGAAGCAAAAGCACCGCUGCGUUGUCCGGAGGAGAUGCAGCGUCUUGCAGCCCCAUCAGCCCUCUGUCCUACAAGGCCAUGAACUGUAGAUACGCAGGAGAUCGAGCCAAACUUUAUGCCUCCACUGAUGCUGUUGGACGUAGGAGAACACCAGGGACUGACAAAAAAGAAAAGGAAAGAGGCCAUUUGUCAUCCAGCUUCUCAGCCAGCUUUAAAGGAGGUCAUUUCUCUCCCAACCCCAAAGCUAGAUCUCCGGCUCCCUCUCCAGUCUGGCACGCGUCAAAGUCUUUGCCUUUCUUACCUGGCACACCCCGGCAGAUAACUUCUCCACCUGGCUCCUCCAAAGCUUCCUCAGCUCAGGGACGGCCUCCUUCUCCUGGCAACAUCCGGCCAGUCAAAAAAGAGGUUAAACCAGAGAGUGAGAAGAAAAGACCAGAAAAGGAAACCGAGAAGGCCAACGAGGAGAGGACAGAAGAGAAUAAAGGAACUUCCGCAGGUGCUGGAGAAGCUGCAAGUCAGGAAGAGCUCACUGUCCAGGCAGAGCUUCCUCAAGCAGCCAGCCCGUCCCUACCUCCUGCUCCACCAGCUCCUUCUCCAGCCCCCACAAAGACCUCUGCGGGGACCACCGACCCUGAAGAAGCCACCAGGCUGCUGGCUGAGAAGAGACGCCUCGCCCGGGAGCAGCGGGAACGGGAGGAGCAAGAGAGGAGGGAACGAGAAGAGCUGGAAAGGCAGAAGAAGGAGGAGCUGUCGCAGAGGAUAGCUGAAGAAAGAGCUCGCCGAGAAGAGGAGGAAGCUCGCAGGAGGAAGGAGGAAGCUCGCAGGAGGAGUGCGGAGGAGGAGAGGGAAAAGGAAGAGCGGCUGCGCCGACAGGCAGAGGAGAGGGAGCAGAAGGAGAAAGAGGAGAUGGAGCGCCUUCAGAAACAAAAGGAAGAGGAAGCUCGCCUACGGGAAGAGGCAGAGCGGAUUCGAUUAGAACGUGAAAAGCAUUUCCAAAGAGAAGAGCAAGAGCGCUUAGAAAGGAAGAAGAGGCUCGAGGAGAUCAUGAAGAGAACCAGGCGUGUAGAAGCUGUAGAUAAGAAACCCAAUGACCAGCAGAAUGGACAUAUAUCCAAGGCAAAUGUUACCGGAGAAGCAGGGGUGCCUGGUCCCACGUCUCCCCUGGCACCUGCAGGAGGAACCCAGCUCCAGCCGGAGACGACAUCUCCUCCCCACAACGGGCAGCCCGUCCCCUGCGCACGUGUGGCUGUUUCACACCAGCCCCCCCAAAACACAGACAGCAAUUUAAAUCCGGAGAAGAACGCCAACGGGAUGUCUCUGCAGAACGACAACUUUGAAGAGAUCCUAAACCUGCCCAUCGGCUCCAAACCCUCCCGGCUGGACGCCAUGAACAACGAGGGGAGCAAUAGUCCCCAGAUCCCCUUGAAUCCCAUUCUGGCCUUUGAGGACAAGGGGACUCUUUUGCCUCAGGUAGAGAGUGUUCAGACGCAUCAAACAGCAGAAGUGAUCUGAUUUGGUCCUUCUGGAGAACCAAAGGUGACACCAGCGUCUCUGCAGUCAGUGGAGUUUCCUCCCGCGCUAUGAAGGAGUGGUUUAUUUUCUUUUUCUCUCCAGUUUUUUAAAGAUUUGUCUAUCUUUUUUGGAAGGACUUGAGUAAAACCAGCAGAAGAGAUGAUGGGACUAGACUUGGAUCACCUUUCUAAUAGCUUUCAUCACUAGCAAAGAAACAACAAAAAAAAAAAGAAAUCAUGCUUCACGUGCAUUACUUAAUAUGGCUUAUUUUCCAACGAGCUUUUUCUGUUAGUAAAUGGAUAUUUCUGCAUUCCUUGAGACACAAGACACUGGAAUCUGAAAGCAAUGGGCUGAUUUGGGGGUGGUGGGACUGAUGCUUUUUUUUUUUUUUUUUUUUUUUUUUUUAAACAAAAAAAAGGUGGGUGUCGGUUUCGAAGGCGUUAAUUGUAAAAUUGGCAAAGAAUCUUUUACACUUUGUGGUUCUAAUACUUGAAAAAUAAAUACCUCGUUGCUCUACAAGUAGAGUUGAAUGGGGUGUUUGAUUUAAACCUGUUGGUUUAAAUAUUAUUGCAGAGAACUCUAAUUAUGGGGGCGAAGUAAAGGCUUCUGUAUCAGGUUCUUGUAAAUGUAAUUCCUACAGGGACGUUCUGUAAAUUGAGAUGUCACUAUGAGCUUCUCACUUUUUCUCUAAAAAAAAAAAGAAAAAAAACACAAAACAAGGCAGGUUUUAAAAUGUGAACAUUUGAAAGCGUUAUUUUUUCAUGGACAAGAGGAAAAAAAAAAAAAGCUACUGUUCUCCUAGAUGAUGUAUUUAUGAAUUUUGUGGAGUACGGAAAGAAAUGAUUGAAUUGAAUAAAUUAGAAAAAUGUGGUAAAAUGAUCCCGAACACUUGAUUAUUUUGUUUGUUUUAAGUUCCAUCCGUGGUCACAAGACCAGAAUGGGUGUGUGCACCCGCUCGCAGGGAAAUACCCAGGUCCUGUAAGUUGCUGCUGUUCCCAGUGAUGGAGGACUUUGCCUUUGCCUUAUCAGACUAUUAAAGACUGUGAAACCUUGAAA